AUUAAUAGUAAAUAAUCAAUGCCUACCAUGGCAGGGGAAACGUUCGCUUUUGCCGACUACGAUUGCGUGGGUUUCGAUUUGGACAAUACGUUGUGCGAAUACCGCAUAAAGCCGAUGGUGCAGAUGAUCUACGACGUUCUGGCCGAAUACCUGAUAAGCAGGCACGACUACGCGGCGGACCAUCUGCGGCGGCCGAUCGAUUUCGAGUUCUGUCAAAGAGGCCUAGUGCUGGACGUGGAACGGGGGAACGUAUUGAAAAUCGACGGUAAUGGCCGCGUGCUGAGAGCGACCCACGGCACGCGGUUCAUGUCCGACCACGAGAUUGUGACCGCGUACGGCCCAACCAGAACGUGGUCAAUAGCAGAGGUGUUCGCGCGAAACUUUCUGGACACGUGGAACGGACCGAUGUCCGAACGGAUUAGACCUCUGUUGGACUUCUUCGACAUCUCCGUGUCGCUAGUAUUCGGACGUUGCGUGGACGGUAUCGACGAUGCCGCCGGGCAAAGCCCAUCCGGCGGAUACAACGUCUGGCCGGACGUGCACAAAGGCUUACUAAACAUGUACACCAGGGACAACUUUUCAUCGGACAUCGGAGAGUUUUUCCCUAAUAUCAAGUCCACGCCGUCGUUGUACUACAACCGGUGUCCAGAAUACGUCAUCGACUGGCUCAAGGAGUUAAAGCGGAACUCCAAAGUGUUCCUCGUGUCCGGGUCUCAUGUGGAUUACGCCAAUUUCUCAGCCGUACAAUCGCUGGGCACCAACUGGAAGGAACUGUUUGACAUUGCCGUGUUCUAUGCUAGAAAGCCCGGAUUUUUCUCUUCCGACCGACCAUUCUACAGUACCGACUCUCUAAUGUCCAAAGAAUGUGAUAUCGUUGAAGACAUUCAUCUCGGUAACAUCUAUAGUCAAGGUAACUGGAAUCAAUUGUAUAACCUGUUCAAAAAAGAAACCGGCAAAUCUAACCCAAAGUGCUUGUAUGUGGGUGAUAAUGUACUGCAAGACAUUGUUGCUCCCUCCAAGUUCUGUGGUAUAGAUACAAUAGCUGUGAUUGAAGAAAUGAAAUUGGAUUGUAACAAUAUCGACCUUAAUCCAGAUAUUGAUAUAUUACGACCAAACAAAUGGAGUUCUUAUUUUGUCGACUCUGAAAAGAAUGAUGUGUCAAUUUGGAGUUCUUUUAUUACACAUGGAAAACUUUGUGUUCCUUCAAUAAAAUGUUUAGCAAAAUUACCUGUUAUUCACCAGUUCACAACCUUUAGUAAAAAUAAAUAUUUUAAUGGAUUUUAUCCUUGUAUACCAAACAGCUUAUACAAAAUAUUAAAGUAAUGAAUUUAAUAAUUUUUUAUAACGUUACGCUUCUUGUUAACUAUAUUUUUAGAACAAAUUACUCUAUUCUGAUCUGUAUUGGUCUGAUCUUGUGAUCGCCGAGAGCUAUUGAAUAUUAUCAUUAUUGGGUUGCCAAAAGAUAAAACAAGGAAAAGAAAAUAAUAUCAUAUUGUACGUGUAGGUAUAAAACAAUUUAACUAUGAAAAGAUUAUGAAAAAAUGGUUGUCUUAUUAACUUUUUUAGUUAAAAUUAUAUGAAAUUUUCUGUUAUAUUCAAUAGGGCUAACUAAAAAUUACUACCAAAGGCCUAGGCAAAUACUAUUUCUGGUAUUCUAAUGUACAUGAAUCUACUAACAAAUUUUUGAAAUAAAAUUUAUAAAUACUCAUUUUA